UGAUGGCAUUUGUUGAUGUAAUUUGUGUAGCUCCGCCUUCCAGCACCUGAUCUUGAUUUAAAGCUCUUUCAAACUAUGUGGCCUACUAUGUGGCAAAGUCAGCAUGACAACACACAUUGAAACUUUACUACAAAGUCCUCUGGACUCAAGGGGAUUGUCUUUUCCACCAUGGCCCAACCCUGAACUACCGCAAGACAUGAAGCUCAGGCUGCCUCUUUCCCCUGGCAGCCCAGAGCCCUGGCUUCUCCCAGGCUGCAGCUCUGUAUAUGAUAGCCUGGUCAGUUGUAGGACGCCCCAGUCACCUGUGAGUGAAGAUCAGAAUUCCUCUUUUGUGAACAAACCUCGCAGAUCCUCUAUUCUCGAGCGGUGCAUCCUGAAGAUUUCUACAGCUAAUGUUGCUGUAGGGACAGAAGAUCUAGAUGAUAAGAGAUCCCCAACGAGAAUCCGUUGCCGUUCUCACAACAUGGACCCGUCUUUUUUUGAGACUAAUGAGUCUGUGUUGAAGCGAAGACAAAAGCAGAUUCAGUAUGGAAAGAACACUUGUGGUUACCAGAACUAUGUGAAGCAAGUGCCAAAGCGUUUUCGCAUCCCUGGAUUUCACCCGUCCACUCCCAACAAAUAUCGCAAAUAUAGUCGGAGAUCUUGGGACAUGCAAGUCAGGCUGUGGAGAAGAGCGCUACAUGCUUGGGACCCACCUUUGACUUCUCAGGGAAAUGAUUCAGUUGAUCAACUGCAGGGUUUGCUUGAGCAGAUGAACACUGACCUGGGUGAAGAAGGCAGGGGAGGAAACGCAAGGAAAUUAGAAACAUCUGACCCCAAUAUUUCUGUACAUUCUCAGCUCACUGAGGGUUCAACCAAUGGAUUUUUGAGGCCUCCAAUGCCUCAGGCUGAAAUAACAAGCCAGCAAGGCCAGUCUUUAGGAUUGGGCUAUACCUUUAACAGUCAGCUAACCGCUGAAGAGAAUGUUUUGGGAUGGCUGCGGUUUCUUUUGGAGACUGACAACACAUGCAGUGACGCUGCCUUGCAGAGUGAACAGCCCAUAUGGAGAUUUUACUGACUUACCAUGAUUUCGACAGCCCAUGUCUGAAACCAUGUUUUCCAGGGAAAUAAGUGUUUCUUUCUGUUCUCAAAUGUUUGCAUAUGCACAGAGCACACUGGUGAUUUUAGUUUAGCAUCAGACAGCAUCUUUAUCAUGGCCUCAUGUUCUUCAUUAACAUCACAGUUCAUCUCCACAGCAUGUUUUCACUACUUUCUUUUUAAGUUCUAAUAUCGUUGUCACUAGUUAAUUUUCACUUUUCUAGCCUCUAGCUCGCACCCUAGAAAUUCCUGCUCUAUAAAAGCAAUGUUUUGCUGUUCAGAGUCGGCAAACUUUACAGCCAAUCCCUUGGUUUCCACAUUUGUUGUUUUUGACUUAGUUGCUGGUAGUUCUUAACAUUCUUUUUGUGUGUGGUUUGCAUAUUUUUGUAGUAGUGGAAAACAAACCUAAUAAAGAUGUUUAAAUGUU